UUAUUUAUUUGUUGAAUAGGAAUGAAAAUGCUUCCUGAAAACAUGGCAAUAGGAAUUUUCUUAUCUUUGCAGAAUGCAUUAGGGAUCCUGGGCAAUUCCUUAAUACUUUGUCAUUAUGUCUUCUUGGUGUUCACCAGAAAGAAUUUGAUGCCCAAAGACCUCAUUAUCCGACAUCUGGCUUUUGCCAACUUCUUCUUGAUUAUCUCUAAAGGAAUUCCACAGACAAUCUCAGAAUUUGGGUUGGAAUAUUUCCUGGAUGACAUGGGGUGUAAAUUGGUAAUGUACAUUUACCGGGUGUCCCGGGGGGUUUCCCUGCACAACACGGGCCUCCUGAGCUGCUUCCAAGCCCUCACCAUCAGCCCCAGCAACAGCAGGUGGGGGAACCUUAGAUACAGCGCCACAAAGCACAUGUCUCCCUCUUGUUUGCUGAGCUGGCUCCUGCAUCUGCUUCUAAACGCCAUGACUCCAGCUAGAGUGGCAGCCCCGAGUUACCACAAAAAUGGCACCAACACAGGGGAUUAUGGGUACUGCUCAUGGUUUCAUUCUGGCACCAUGGCAACGAUACUGUACAUGGCUGUGCUGUGCAUGUCUGAUGGUCUGUGUCUGGCUCUCAUGGCCUACUCUAGUGUCACCAUGGUGAAUAUCCUCUACAGACACAGGAGACAAGUCAAAUAUAUUCAAACUGCCCAGCACUCCCCACGAGUCUCCCCUGUGGCCAGAGCCACCCAAGCCAUCCUGAUUCUGGUGUGCACCUUCGUCUCCUGCUACUUUGUCUCUUCCAUUCUCUUAGUCUUUAUGACAUACUCCAAUGGUCCAGGGAGAAGAGCAAUAAACAUGUUUACAAUUAUAGAAAUAUGUUUCCCUACACUUUGCCCCUUUAUUCUCAUCAGUAACAACAAUUCUGCCACCAGGCUAUUUUUACCUACUUCUGGGAGGAGAUAA